AUGUUGAUCUUUGGAAACGUCCUGGCGAUGAUGGCUGGCAUCAUAGACGUUGCCUCCAUUCUGUCCUUCAGCGUGACCACCACGCAUGUCACAGGCAACACGGCCAAGAUGGGGAUGUACAUCGGACAUGACAUGAACGAACAGAUCGACUACAACAAGGCCGUACAACUGGGAUUGUGUGUGACCUCCUUUUGCUUCGGGUCCUUCUUGUGUGGCCUCAUUAUCCCCAAGACUCAGGUGCACAUUGGUGGCAAGGGGCUCUAUGGCACUGCCCUGAUCGCCGAAAGUGUCCUGCUGCUGGUCUGCUACUUUGAUCCGGAUCACCAGGCAGCACCCUACUGGGCAGCAAUGGCCUCUGGCUUGCAGAACGCCAUGUGUACCAUGCACUUCGGUGCCGUCGUUCGUACGACACACGUCACCGGAUGCAUUACGGACAUCGGUUCUACCGCCGGGCGUGCGGCGAUUCUGCUGGUGCGACGCUUCUGCCACAAGGAAGGAUCAGGUAUGCAGCUGCUGGAUGAAGCAGAACUGCAUGUGGACAAGCGGAAGUUGCUGGUCUUGGUUCCCUUGUACGUCUUCUUUCUGGGGGGCUGCAUUGUAGGCGCCUUAUGUUUCCGCAGCAUCGCCCACAACACCUUUCUGAUCCCGGCCAUUGUGACCGGGUUCAUGGGCCUGGUCUACAGCACCCUGCGUGAGACGCUGAAGACGACCUUUAAAAACAUCGAGCAGACGCGCCUGGUCUCUGACUUGGGUGAAGUGCACGAUACAUUGGAUCGCACCUACCGCACGAUCCGCAGGAUCCAACAUACCCAGCACUCUCGAGGGAGUUCUGGCCGUUUGGAGCCUAUGGACGAGCUGGAUGAGCAGAUGAAUCAUGUGGCUGAAAUGGUGCAAGACAUGGAACACACCUUGGGAGAGAUGUACGAAGCUGAUAGGGACCGGGAUGGCAGGGAGGGGGUGAGGAUCGCGGCUUGCAGGUUGCAGAUCUGCUGGGAUGGUGGAAAAUCAAAGAUACAAACAGUACUCGGAUACAAAAAAAAUGUGGCUGGGAACUUGUAUCCUGCACGAGUUCUGGAUAGAAACUCCAUUUUUUUAGGACCGUGUGAUGUGCUCGAGACAUAUUCCACGCUCUCUGUGGCGUUCUGUGGCUUCAUGCCGGGCUUCAAUGGUGAUAAGGAUCCACAAGGAGUUUUGCUUGUAAUGUGA